CUGGUGUUCGUGUGCGUUGGAGUGUACCCUUAUACAGAGUUACUGAGGAGUGCGCGGGAAAGAUUUCGAUUUGUUUUGUGUUACCAUAUAUCAGAGAAAAGAAAAUAUUGAUCAGAGAUAACGUUUUUUAUCAGUGGUGGUGAAGAAAAAAGAGAAAAAGAUUUAUAAAUAGACAGCUGUUGGAGUGUUGAUCUCGGUGGCGCUGCCAUGUGAGUCCCAGGCGUCGUCAGUCGCUCUUUCGUUGUUUGUCUGAAGGAACCCGAAGAGGCGCCCGCCCGCGCCGGGAUGGGCACGCGCCGCGACAACCGGCUGUCGGAGGGCGGCCCGUGCGGCCCUCCGCGCCAAGCAGGACCACGACCGCAGGAACCAGGAGCUCGCGAAGCAGCUUUCGAGCGGAACGGCGCCCUCCAAGCGGCCUCCUCCCUCCUCGUCGUCCUACAUGUCCAAGUCCUUGACGCUCGAGCUGGAGAAGGGCCUGCAGGGGUCGUCCGGCAGGUCGCAGGGGAAGAAGUCGUACCUGCGGCAGACGUCGAGCUCCGUGAUGAGGAGCAGCCUCGGCGGCGUCGAGAAGGACUCCCUGGCGGACGCCCGGAGGAGGAAGCGCGACUCCAGUCCUUCCAAGGCCGCCAACAACCGCCUGGAGAAGAAGGCCAGUCCGGGCGGCGACGGCCCCGGCGCGCCGACGUCUUCGAGAGGCUGUCCAAGGUGGACUCGAACAAGGGGCCCGCCGGACACAGGCCCCGCGACCGCAGUCCCCAGAAGGGCGGCCGGAGGAGCCCCCAGGAGAGGAGCGGCCAGAGCGCCCGCAAGACGAGCUCGCAGGGCAGGAGGAGGGACGGCAGCCCGGCGAGGGGCGGCGGCGAGGGCAGCCGAGGGGACAAGCGAGCCCUGGUCGGCGGGGGCGGCGGCAGGGCGUCCCCCCGCCCCCAAGAGCGACGAGGAGGUCGACUCGUCCGCCGAGAAGCUGGCGCAGGAGAACAUCCCCGAGUCGGUCGACAAGGACCUCGACGACUCGGUGCGGGCGAGCGGGGCGCCCCGCACGCCCCUCUCACCGGGCGGGCGAGGCUGCCCCGCGCCCGGCCANAUGAAGAAAUAA